AUUUGUUUUUAUCAUCGGAGCCUCAGCAACAGAUUUUCCGAAAGUUUGCAUUGGACAGUAGAUCAUGGCGAGAAAGACAGUCACCUUCUUCCUCCUCCUCCUCGUUGAUGUCAGUGUUAUUCUCUCUACUACCCUUUGCAACGCUGGCGACACCUUGACUCCUCAACAGUCUCUGCUCGACGCCAACGGAACGACUCUGCUCGCAUCUGGAAGCAGGUUCGAGCUGGGCUUCUUCAGCCCCCCCGGCGCCGAUUCUCCCUACCGCUAUGUCGGCAUCUGGUUUUACAACAUCUCAGCUCCAACCUUCGUUUGGGUCGCUAACCGCCGGCGCCCUCUCACUGAUCGCUCAGGACGCCUCUCUCUAACCACCAACGGAACGCUCCUCCUCACCAGCGACAACUCGACGACGGUCUUCUGGUCCUCCAGCACCAGCUCCGCCUCCGUGAGGAGCCCCGUUGCUCAGCUUCUCGACAAUGGUAAUUUCGUCGUCAUGGGAGCCUCACCGAGCAGCUAUGUAGCGUGGCAGAGCUACGACGACCCGACGGACACGAUCCUCCCGGGGAUGAGAUUUGGCCGAAACAAGACCAGCGGGUUCAAUCUCAACCUCACAUCAUGGACGAGCCUCAGCGAUCCGACGCCGGGGGACUACGUGCUGGGCAUCAACAUGGACGGCGUGCCGGAGGAGUUCUUGUGGCAGGGGACUCGGCCGCGGUGGCGGUCGGGGCCGUGGCCGUGGAACGGGAUCCACCUCAGCAGCGUGCCGCAGAUGGAGCAAGUCCAAUACCACUACGAGCCGGUGACCUCCCAACAGUUUGUCUACCGCUACACCAUCGACGGCAGGUACUCCUUCCCCACCAGAAUCACCCUAAUCCCCUCCGGCUACCUCCAGCUUCAGGUGUGGGUGGAUGACAGCCAGCAGUGGAGAGUGCAGCGAUACGUUCCCUCGGAUCCCUGCGAUAGUAUGUCGGUGUGCGGCCUCAACGCGAUCUGCUUCCCCAACUGGUGGCCGAUGUGCCAGUGCUUGACGGGGUUCAAGCCCAAGAAUCUCACCAACUGGGACCUCAUCAGGGACUGGUCCGACGGCUGCGUGAGGAACACGGAGUUGGAUUGCCGUAACAGGACCGAUGGGUUCUUCAAUCAGAGCAACGUGAAGCUGCCGGACACGUCAAGUGCGGUGGUGGACACGAGUUGGACGUGGUCAGAGUGCAGAAGUUCGUGCCUGAACGACUGCAGAUGCACGGCCUACGCCAUCGCCAAUAACACCGGGAUCGGGUGCAUUCACUGGACCUCCGACCUCACAGAUAUUAAAUUCUUCUUCGGCGGGGACGCGGGGCAGGAUCUCUACGUCAGGCUCGCUGCUGCUGAUCUAAUUGCAGCGUACGCGGAAUCAAGGCCGUCUAAUCAGAGGCGGGUAGGGGUGAUCGUAGCCGUUACUUUGGCUGCAUCGUUCCUGCUGUCUUGUGCUGCAUUCUGCAUUUGGAGAUGGAAGACUAAAAAGAGCUUCGUUGACGUAGAAACUGAAGAAAAAGACUUGAACCUGCCAUUAUUUGAUUUAGAUACAAUUGUGAAUGCCACCGGCAACUUCUCCACUGGCAACAAGCUCGGAGAGGGUGGAUUUGGUCCGGUUUAUAAGGGAAGAUUGUCCGAGGGACAGGAGAUAGCUGUUAAGAGACUAUCGAAAACAUCAUCUCAGGGUGUGAACGAGUUCAAAAAUGAGGUGCAGUUGAUUGCCAAGCUGCAACAUCGAAAUCUCGUCCAACUUCUUGGUUGCUGCAUUGAAGCAGGAGAAAGGAUGUUGAUCUAUGAGUACAUGUCCAAUGGAAGCUUAGAUAAGUUUCUAUUCGAUAAGGCCAAGGGUGUACUUUUGGACUGGAAAUUGCGUUAUAGUAUUAUUGUUGGGAUUGCACAAAGUCUUCUCUAUCUUCACCAUGAUUCUCGAUUUAGAAUCAUUCAUAGAGAUUUAAAGGCAAGUAACAUUCUUCUUGAUAAAAAUAUGGAUCCAAAAAUAUCAGAUUUUGGCAUGGCAAGAAUAUUUGGAGGUGAUGAAACUAUAGGAAAAACAAAGAGAGUUGUUGGAACCUACGGAUAUAUGUCUCCCGAAUAUAUAAAGAAUGGAACUUUCUCAAUUAAAUCUGAUAUUUUUAGUUUUGGAGUAUUGAUAUUGGAAAUUAUAAGCGGUAAAAGGAGCACUGAGGUUUUUCCUUUUGCACAACACCUAAAUCUUCUUGAUCAUAUAUGGAGUUUAUGGGAAGAGGAUAAAGUUUUGGAAUGUGUUGAUGAAUCAAUUGAUUCAUUGUGUUCUACGGAAGAAGUCAUGAGAUGUAUAAAUAUUGGUCUCUUAUGUGUUCAAGAGAUGCCAGAAGAUAGACCAGCUAUCGCAUCAAUACUGCUAAUGUUAGGCAGUGAUAGCACAUUACUGCCAAACCCAAUAAGGCCAGGCUUUGUUAACAUUAGAGCUCUAUCAGAAACUAAUUCGUCAAGCACAAAGAGGUGCAUAUGUACAAAUGAAGCAUCAAUCAUGAUCUUAGAAUAUCGCCGGUCUCUGGAGAUAGGUAAAUUGGGGGCAUUUUGGUCAAUGUGCCGAACAGAGCAGAACAGUGGACGAUCGACGAUGUCAGGGGCGAUUAACACCCUGUUCCUCGUUAACCUUUUGAUCACCGCCAGCCUCUUUAUCCUUUCCGUCGCCGGCAACACCUUAAUCCCUUCCCACCCCCUUCUCGACGCCGACGGAGCCAGCCUGAUAUCUCCCGGCGGCAUGUUCCAGCUGGGUUUCUUCAGCCCCGUCGGCUCCGGCAAUCGCUACCUCGGUAUAUGGUUCCACAACAUCUCCGUCCAGACCGUGGUGUGGGUCGCCAACCGCCGGUUCCCGCUAAGAGACCGCUCCGGUCGCCUCUCCCUCACACCCAACGGAACGUUACUCGUAACCAACGACGCCGACGACUCAACCAUCCUCUGGUCCUCAUCCACUUCGUCGAUGGUCGUCGGUAACCCGGUCGCGCAGCUUCUCCACGACGGAAACUUCGUCGUCGGCCACGAAACCAGCAGCUCCUGGACGUGGCAGAGCUUCGAUUUCCCGACGGACACGUUGCUGUCGGGGAUGAAGUUGGGGUGGAACUUGACGAGCGGGCUGAACCGGCUGUUGACGUCGUGGGCGAGCCCCGGCGACCCGGCGCCGAACAACUUCUCCUUCGGCGUCGACUUGAACGGAGACCGGCAGGUGUUCAUCUGGGGCGAGGGGAUGAUGCCGGUGUGGCGGGCAGGCCCGUGGACCGGCCGGAGGUACACUGGCGUCCCGGAGAUGGACGCGGAGGACCUCUUCGACUUGAGCUUCGUGGAGAGCACGGACGAAGUCUACGGCAUUGCCCGCCUGCGCGAUCCGUCGACGAGAGCAAGAAUGGUGAUCAACCAGACCGCCGGCCAGAUACAGAGUCUGGUGUGGAUCGAGGGAAGGAAUGAGUGGACCGUGCGCACGUUCGCGCCCAGGGACCAGUGCGACCGCGUGGCGGCGUGCGGCGCCUACGGCAUUUGCUACCCUGACCAGGUGCCGAGCUGCGCGUGUCUCCGCGGGUUCUACCCGGCGAAUCCAAGAAACUGGGAGCUGAGGGCUGCGUCGGAUGGCUGCUUGAGGAGGACGGAGUUGGAUUGCGCCACCGAUGGGUUCGUGAAGCAGAGCAGCAUCAAACUGCCGGACACGUCGAGAUCGACGGUCGACCGUACGAUGCAGAGUCUCGAUGACUGCAGAGCCAUGUGUUCGAGGAAUUGCUCCUGCACAGGGUUUGCUCAGGCCAACAUCAGCGGGAGUGGCAGCGGAUGCAUAUUCUGGACCGCCGACCUCAAUGAUAUCAAGGCUUAUUCCGGCGAAGUAGGACAGGAUCUCUACGUCAAGCUUGCGGCCGCCGACCUGGAUGCCGAAUCAAGCCGUUCCACAAAACUUUAUAUAGGCCUAACUGUAGCCGCAUCGUUCGCUGCCACGCUUGUUGUAGCUUCUCUGGCUCGCUGCAUUUGCAAAAUGAGGAGAAAAAAGCACUUGAUUAGAGAAGAGAUAAAGGACGACAUGAACCCACCAUUGUUCUAUUUAAGCACAAUUGUAGACGCGACUGGGAACUUCUCGGUUGAGAAUAAGCUUGGCGAGGGUGGAUUUGGGCCCGUGUAUAAGGGUAUUCUGAAGGAUCGAGGAGAGGCAAUAGCUGUGAAGAGGCUAUCCAAGACGUCAGAGCAAGGAGUUGAUGAAUUUGAGAACGAGGUAAAGUUAAUCGCCAAGUUGCAACACCGAAGUCUUGUUCAACUUCUUGGCUAUUGCAUUGAAGAAGACGAGAGAAUGUUGAUCUAUGAAUACAUGAGCAAUGGAAGCUUAGAUAGCUUAUUAUUUGAUAAAGAUAAAAAUAAAAUUUUAGAUUGGGAAAAGCGUUACAAUAUUAUUCUCGGAAUUGCUCGUGGUGUUUUGUAUCUUCAUCAUGAUUCUAGAUUCAGAAUAAUACAUAGAGAUCUCAAAGCAAGUAAUAUUCUACUUGACAAACAUAUGAACUCAAAGAUAUCCGACUUUGGAAUGGCAAAAGUAUUUGGAGGAGAUGAAUUUGCUGGAAGAACAAAGAGAGUCAUGGGAACAUACGGAUAUAUGUCUCCUGAGUAUGUCGUCAAUGGAAGAUAUUCAAUUAAAUCUGAUGUGUAUAGUUUUGGAGUAUUAACUCUUGAAAUCAUAACGAGCAAAAGGAAUAAUGGAGUUCAUAAUUCAAGAGAACAUCUAAAUCUUAUUGAUCAUAUAUGGAGCCUAUGGAAAGAGGGUAAGGUCUUGGAUUUAGUCGAUGAAGCAAUUGGCCAUUCAUUUUCCAUGGCCGGAGUAUUGAAGUGCAUAAAUAUUGGACUCUUAUGCGUGGAAGAACGUCCUGAAGAUAGACCAACAAUGUCUUCGAUACUACUAAUGCUAAAUAAUGAUAGUGCACAAGUACCUCAACCGAAACAACCAGCAUUUUCUUUUUCAAGAGAUAAAUUGAAAACCAAAACAGACCAGGAGGACCAUGGAAACAAUGUAACUAUCACAAUUUUGGAGCCUCGUUAGCAAAUCAAAAGACAAAAGUAUGAUCACACAACCAUUGUUCUUUCAUAAGUUUCCCAAACUUGUAAUUAGGAGGCAUUCUGAAAUGUUUCUUGUGCUUAAAAUAUUUUGUAGUGGAAUGAGUCGGCAGUUUGGAUUUUUCAAAGUCAAUGCAACCAUGUGCCUGUUGCAUGGAUGAUGUUGCUGUUCUCCAGACACAGAAUAUCAAUCUGCUCAGGAGAAUAUUUUGGCUAGAUUGGUAGGAACCUGAUGCAAAUGCUUUAUUAGUAGCUGUUCUUAUUAUCCAUGAAUGGAAUUAGAUUCUGGAGAUUUGCAUUUCUGAAACAUGUAAAUAAAAGCAGAAGAACAGACUACCAUGUCCUAUACGACUGCUUUCAAGCACCAGAUAACAUGUAUUCCAAUCCCAAGAAAGUCUGAAAGUUCACCUCGAUGCAAAUAUUCUCUCUGCAUUGGCUAAGCCUAAGAAAUAUCUCAAUCGAAAUGGAUUCCCAAAAAAAGAAAGGAAAAAAGGCAAAA